UUUUUUUCCCCCCCCCGCGUGCGGCGAUCCGAGCGAGGAGUGAGGCCCCGCCGGGGGCGGCCAUGCGGCGGUGACAGGAGCACGGCCGAGACGCACGGGGCCCCCCUCGCCCUCUCACCUCCACCCCGUUCGCCAGCUCGCCUCCGCCGAGGCCCCUCCGGCCUACACCCGCUUGCUGUCCGCAUUCCCCCCUUCCCCGACCCUCCCCGGCUGCACUUCGGGAAUCAUGGCCCAAGUAGCGAUGUCCACACUACCUGCUGAAGAUGAGGAGUCCUCGGAGAGCAGAAUGGUGGUGACGUUCCUCAUGUCUGCCCUGGAGUCCAUGUGUAAAGAGCUGGCCAAGUCCAAGGCUGAGGUGGCCUGCAUCGCCGUGUACGAGACGGACGUGUUUGUUGUUGGAACUGAGAGAGGACGUGCUUUUGUCAAUACCAGAAAGGAUUUCCAAAAAGAUUUUGUAAAGUAUUGCGUUGAGGAAGAGGAAAAGGCAGCCGAGAUGCAUAAGAUGAAAUCUGCAACCCAGCUGAAUCGGAUGAGUGUGGACGCUGUGGAGAUUGAAACACUCAGGAAAACGGUGGAGGAUUAUUUCUGUUUUUGCUAUGGGAAAGCUUUAGGCAAAUCCACAGUGGUCCCUGUGCCGUAUGAGAAGAUGCUGCGCGACCAGUCAGCUGUGGUGGUGCAAGGGCUCCCCGAGGGAGUUGCCUUCAAGCACCCUGAACAUUACGACCUUGCAACCUUGAAGUGGAUUUUGGAGAACAAGGCGGGGAUCUCGUUCAUCAUUAAGAGACCUUUCCUUGAACCGAAGAAACACCUCGGUGGCCGAGUGAUGGCAUCAGAUACUGAGAGGACCAUCCUGUCUCCUGGUGGAAGUUGCGGCCCCAUCAAAGUGAAAACGGAACCCACGGAAGACUCUGGCAUUUCUCUGGAAAUGGCCGCUGUGACAGUUAAGGAGGAGUCAGAAGAUCCUGAUUACUAUCAGUAUAACGUUCAAGGAAGCCGUCAUUCCUCAGAAGGCAACGAAGGAACAGAAGUGGAAAUACCCGCAGAAGAUUCUACUCAACAUGUCCCUUCAGAAACAAGUGAGGACCCUGAAGUUGAGGUGACUAUCGAAGAUGACGAGUACUCCCCACCCACCAAGAGGCCAAAGAGCAACGAACCGCCCCCUCCUCCGCCAGUCCCAGAGCCCGUCAACGCUGGCAAGCGCAAAGUCAGGGAGUUCAACUUCGAGAAAUGGAACGCGCGCAUCACUGACCUACGGAAACAAGUUGAAGAACUGUUUGAAAGAAAAUAUGCUCAAGCUAUAAAAGCCAAAGGUCCGGUGACGAUCCCAUACCCUCUCUUCCAGUCCCAUGUUGAAGAUCUUUAUGUAGAAGGGCUUCCCGAAGGGAUUCCUUUCAGAAGGCCAUCGACAUACGGCAUUCCUCGCCUUGAGAGGAUAUUGCUGGCAAAGGAGAGGAUCCGCUUUGUGAUUAAGAAACACGAGCUUCUGAACUCCACACGGGAAGACUUACAGCUUGAUAAGCCGGCAUCAGGAGUGAAGGAAGAGUGGUAUGCACGCAUCACCAAGCUGAGGAAAAUGGUCGACCAGCUCUUCUGCAAGAAAUUCGCGGAGGCCUUGGGGAGCACCGAAGCCAAGGCUGUACCUUACCAAAAAUUUGAGGCCCACCCCAAUGACCUCUACGUGGAAGGGCUUCCAGAAAACAUUCCUUUUAGAAGCCCCUCGUGGUAUGGAAUCCCAAGACUGGAAAAAAUCAUCCAAGUGGGCAAUCGGAUUAAAUUUGUUAUCAAAAGGCCCGAACUCCUGACUCACAGUACAACAGAAGUGACUCAGCCACGGACGAAUACGCCAGUCAAGGAAGAUUGGAAUGUCAGAAUCACCAAGCUUCGCAAGCAGGUGGAAGAGAUCUUUAAUUUGAAGUUCGCUCAAGCUCUUGGCCUCACAGAGGCAGUGAAGGUGCCCUACCCUGUAUUCGAAUCGAAUCCGGAGUUUCUGUAUGUGGAAGGGCUGCCUGAAGGGAUCCCCUUCCGAAGCCCCACCUGGUUUGGGAUUCCACGCCUUGAGAGGAUUGUCCGUGGAAGCAAUAAGAUCAAGUUUGUUGUUAAAAAGCCUGAGCUAGUUGUGUCCUACCUGCCUCCUGGGAUGGCUAGCAAAAUCAACACUAAAGCAUUGCAGUCCCCCAAACGGCCACGAAGCCCUGGCAGCAACUCCAAGGUGCCUGAGAUUGAGGUCACUGUGGAAGGCCCCAACAACAACAGUCCUCAAUCCUCCACCGUUCGAACUCCUACCCAGACCAACGGUUCAAAUGUUCCCUUCAAGCCUCGAGGGAGAGAGUUUUCCUUUGAGGCCUGGAAUGCCAAAAUCACAGACCUGAAGCAGAAGGUGGAAAACCUUUUCAACGAAAAGUGCGGGGAAGCUCUUGGCCUUAAACAGGCAGUGAAAGUGCCGUUUGCGUUGUUCGAGUCCUUCCCGGAAGACUUCUAUGUAGAAGGCUUACCCGAGGGGGUGCCCUUCCGAAGACCAUCCACAUUCGGCAUUCCAAGGCUGGAGAAGAUACUCCGGAACAAGGCCAAGAUAAAGUUCAUCAUUAAAAAACCUGAGAUGUUCGAGACGGCCAUCAAAGAGAGCACCUCUUCCAAAAGCCCUCCGAGGAAGAUAAACUCCUCACCCAACAUUAAUACUACUGCAUCAGGUGUGGAAGACCUUAACAUCAUUCAGGUGACAAUUCCAGAUGACGAUAAUGAGCGACUCUCCAAAGUUGAAAAGGCCAGGCAGUUGCGCGAGCAGGUCAACGACCUCUUCAGUCGGAAGUUUGGUGAAGCUAUUGGGAUGGGCUUCCCGGUGAAGGUUCCCUACAGGAAGAUCACCAUCAAUCCCGGCUGUGUGGUGGUCGACGGCAUGCCCCCCGGGGUGUCCUUCAAAGCCCCCAGUUACCUGGAGAUCAGCUCCAUGAGAAGGAUCUUAGAUUCUGCCGAGUUUAUCAAGUUCACUGUCAUUAGACCAUUUCCAGGACUUGUGAUUAAUAACCAGCUGGUUGAUCAGAGCGAGUCCGAAGGCCCUGUGAUACAAGAGUCCGCUGAGGUGAGCCAGUUGGAAGUUCCUGCAACAGAAGAAAUUAAAGACACGGAUGGGAGCUCACAGAUCAAGCAGGAGCCAGACCCCACGUGGUAGACCACGUCUCCAGGUUCAGCUUCCAGUGUGAGUGGUGGAGAAGCGCUUUCGGACCCGCCUGCCGGCUCUGUAAUAUACUUGUAUAACAGAAAUACCUUCUAUACAAACCUUCUUUUCUACUUCUAGAUAGAAAUGUCUACUUUCUCAGCAGUUCUGUGAAUUGAACUACGCAGCAGCGUGACGAGAGGCGCGUGCCUGGCUGGCUUGGGAAUGCACUAGAGGAGGAUUUCACAGCCGUGCUGGAAAGAGACAGGGAAUGGCAGGGACGACUCUUAGAUUUUUUUUAUGCAUUGGGCAGAGCCUUGGGCUGCGGUGCGUAUUCCAGUCAGUGGAGAUACUCCUACUGGGCAUCUUGGCUUCCGCAGCGAAGAAACCCCUGUGCUAGUCAGUGCUUUAGUUCUUCUAUUGAAAAUCAUUUCCGUGAUCUUGCACUCGGCUCCCCUCCCUGCCUGAGUGGAGGGCUGCUGUCUGUAUGUCUGACUAAGCCUUUGCCUAAGCUCUAUCAUGGUUCCUCUUGUUCUCACUGUAAUUCAGAGCGAGGCUGGCCGCCUCACCCGACGGACGGCCGCAGAGAGAGGACAUUCUCAGAGCCUCUUUUCACCCUUACUUUGCAGCAAGUACAUGUCUGGGUGUACCCUGAAGGUCAGAGGUCGGAGGUCAGGUAUGCAUGCUUUAGCAGCUGGAUGACUAAACCCUCCCCAGCUGGGAGCCACAGUGGCCUGGGGUGCCCUGGGACGCAGCUCGGGGUGGAGUCGGGCCGGGCUGCGUGUCUGCCCGGUUGGUUGUCUAACCGCCUGUCUGGCCGGGUGUGGGGAGUGAGACAGGCGGGCUCUUGUGCACCUCCGUGUUCACACCCUCUGGGCCUAAAAGUGGAGGCUCCCGGACGAAGCAGUUGUAGGAAAUCACAGCUCUCGAGAGUUAGAGGAUGUGAGGGCACGGCGCGGCACCACGAUGUUCACGAUGGGAAAUUAUAUCACACGGUAGCAGAGAUAGGCAUUUUUAUGUGUUCCUUAUAUUUUACCUCAAAUUGUAGAUAUAGGGUAAUAAAUAAAAUCCAUCCAUGCCUUUCACACGCAAA